AUUAAAUAGUUUUUCAUGGUGUGAAACUAGGACAAUAGCGAAUAUUCGAACAUAUAUUUUGGUGUAAAACCAGGACAAUAGCGAGUAUACGAACACAGAAAAUGCUACCGGAGUUGGCGUUGUUUGACGCGUUAAUGAUUAUUGUGAUGAUUUAUCUCGGUGAGUUUGGUCCCGCAUUUUUGUGAAUUUUGUGCCGAGUCAACAUAUGCAAGUGCUUUGCGCACGCGUACAGAUGCAUAACGCGAAGGAGCUAACGAACUCGACGUACCGCCUUUGUGCUGUCAGAACAGCGAGUGCCUUCCGGACGACGCAGCGCUCGUCAUUGCAGGCCAAGUUCCCCUAUGUGAACUGGUGCGGGAGCCACAGAACCAAGACCGAGGUGAAGAGGAGUGCCAGGAUGCAGAGCGUCGACAACUGGCAGGCAGCCUGGGACAACUCCAGCAAGGGACGCUGGACGCUGGACGCAAGGAUAAAUAGGAAGCACGGCCAGGUAGAUUUCUACCUCACGCAGGCGUUGAGUGGACAUGGUUGCUUCCGAAGCUUCCUUAAGCGCUUCGGACACGACAUGGAGAACGGUUGUCCAGAGUCCGGCAGUGGGAUUGUUGAGGACGAUCAGCAUGUCCUAUUUUAAUGUCACCGCUUCGGGUCUGAUCGCCAAAUGCUGAUGAAGACCACAGGGGCAAGGGUUCGGCCAGCGACGGCAGCCUACGCAGCGAGUGUACUGCGAACGCUGCAUCGCAUCGAGAAUGAGAGGAGAGAAGCUACAGCCUAGGUGGCUACCAUUGCGCUAAGCAAUACCUUGCGGUGAUACCGCGCAAUCACGGCCCCUACUCUUGUUGCUUGUACUUAUUUUAGUCUG